GCCAGACCCACAGUAGAUGCUGCGUAUAUAGUCAUUACCCUGACAGAAAAACCUCUACAAGACUUGGACCUGCGGCUCUUGGUUGAGAAAUCCGAUAUGGUAGGAUGGUUGGGUCCACGCCGCCAUGUCAAGGCGUCUAGUAAGUAUUGUAUGAAUUCAAUUCCUCAUUUCACCUAUAUAGUGUGCUAUAAUCUCAUCCUGACGAGGGCGGUGAGGAAUCAUAGACUGCGAAGGGCAGCACAGACAAGAUGA